CCUCAGCCUCACAGCGACUUCCGCCUGCGAGCUGCAGCGUUGCAGAAAGGUUGCGCACAGGUUUCCUGGGGGAUCCCGCUAGUUUGCGAGUUAAAUUCACAAUUUCAUGGAGCAUAACGGAGAUCAUUCCGGCUGGGGGUCUCAGCGGCGAGUGGACGGCCUGGUCAGCAAACACAUGGCAGACAUCGCUCUGGAGACGCUCCACCAGAGGCUGUCUGCCGUGUCCGAGGAGAUGCACAGCCUGGCGGAGCGUGUGACCCGCCGCUCCGGGGAAAUCCCCAGGGAUGACCCGCGGCCAGCGGAUGUCAGCUGUGAUGUGGAGACUCUCACCUCGGGCUUCAGCAGCGGGGUCGGGGAAAAGUUAAUCUCUGCUCCAUCCACAGAAACAGCUGCUCAGCGGAAGAUCAUCACGCUGCUGCUGGAGAUCAAGGAGGAGCAGCAGAGGCAAUGGGCAGUGCUGAGGGAGCUCCAGGCCCAGCUGCAGGGCCAGAGCAGCCACGAGGAGGACGAGGAGGUGGAGUCGCUGGACAUGGAUCUCCCCCUGAAGACCCUGGAGCAGCUGGACGAGAUGGAGAAGCUGCUGGAGGACCCGGCCGUGCAGAGGAGGAUGGCGUCUCACCUGUCACGGAUGGGCGGGGCUACAGUCGAUGACGCAGUGCGGCGACUCAUGCAAGCCGUGCUAUCAUUUGCCGUUGGCUCCGAGCUGAACUGGGUGGGCCGCGGGCAGAAGAGGAGCUUCAGAAACACGAGCCUCCAAGGCGUCCUUUUCCGCGCUCUGAAACGCACGCCGGUGGGGAAGGAGGCCACACAUCACCAGUACGCCGAUGUGGUGAAGAAAUGGUUGCGGUUCGCCCCGUUCAGGCAGGGAGGGAGCGGCCGGCGCUACUACAGACCUCAUGUGGAGUUCCCAGCUUCCCAGGAAACCGUCAAAUCCACCGACGACUACACACAAUAAAUAAAUAACUCCCUACUCACUUAUUACAAGAUUAACCUUGAGCAUUCCUUUCCCAGACAAGAUAUCCACUAUUUCAAAGGGACAUGCGUUCCUCAGUGCUAGUGUGGCCUUUUGAAAGUGACUAAAGGACUAAUGUACAGACAUUUUCCCUAUAACAUAAUAAGGAAACAACUAAAAACCACAAUGCCAAGGUGCAUGUUAUAAGACCUGGGUUUAUACAGUAUAAACCAUUUUGAAGAUGCAGUCAGCUGCCUUUUUUGGUUUGUAAGCUGGUACAGUGUCCUGGCGUGAAACUUGCAACAGAGUUUAUAUCUCUGUAUCUUAAAAUAUUGUGUUACUCAUUGUGCAAUGACAAGGCGGAGGAUGUGAUCCGUCAGUGAUAUUUUUUCAUUUUAAAAUGAAAAAUUGAAAUCCAUGAAGGAAUGUAUAGAUCUGAUGAUAUGGAAGUCUCUUAUAAGCUUAAUGAAGAUUUGCCUUUCUUUUGGAGGCAAUGCUUGAAGAGUGAAUGUGCCCUAUUUAUACACUAGAUGGCGCCAAGCGCCCAGCAUGAGAUGGAAGUUUGCACACUGGAGUGUUUCAGUGUAGGGGGAAAUGAAGUGGAGGUUAAUUUACCAGAAACACCCAUGAAAACGUACAUUCUUCCCGUUCUUCCUCUAGCUCGGAGUCACGAUUAAAAUUGAAUAUCCAGACGUUUUCAUAUCACAAUAUUUGAAGCCAUUAAGGCCAAAAAUGUCUCAUUAAGGGGCUUUUUAUUUCAUUAUUUUGGCACCCAUGUUAUGUCUUUAAAUGGCACAGUAUCACCAAGCCAUGACUGCAACUUUUCACUGGCUAAUUAAAUAAUGUUUUCAGUGCCUUGGAAAAGUUUCCUCUUGAUUAUCUGCACAUGUGCUUGUGUGGCUGUGACUACAACCUGAAGAAAUUCUUCUCACAUUAUUUGCACAGUGUUGAACAAACAGUGCUGCAAAAUUCAUGGGAAAGCACUGGAGAGAGCUCAUGUAAAUUUAUUCACUUUGAGUACUUUUGUACUCACAGUAAAACUCAAAGUAAUAGCAGUUCUACAAGAGUAGGAUCUUUGCUGCGCUCUCUACAGUCAGUAUAGACUGCACUGAAAAUAUGUAUACUGUGUGUAAAAGCUAUUAAA